UGCAGGAGUGGCAACUCAGCGGAACGUCAACACGAAGACCAGACUUCGCGCAGAAUGGCACUCCCAGGGGUUCUUACUCCUCGGGAGGCCGGAUUGUGAGCGCGUGCGGAGGCGGGCACGCUGCUCGCCAGUGCUCGCUGAAAGUGAGCGUUGACGGGAAAGAAAGGCGGUCGCGACUUUUCGGCGGCCUUCGCUUCGCCCUUUGGCCCGGAGCAAAAAGGGUCGCAGCGGUGAAGGCUGCUCCUGAUGGCGUGGCCUGGCGCCUGACGGCCGUUCUUUCGUUCUCUUUUCGGGUCCCGCGCGCCCUCUUCCCCGCCGGGCAAAAUUUCCGCCGUCGAUUUCUAUUAAGGGCUCCGAGUCGCAAAAGAGCUCGCAAGAAUUCCAUCGGGAGGCACUUCAAAGGAAAAAGGUGACAAAGCCCGACCUGAAGCCGCCUUGACGUCUCCUUUUCGUCAGAAACUAUUGUGGAUUACGGAUUUCAGAUUCAGGAAAAGGGCAAAAAGAGUGCCCACCUCUAGACGUUUUAGUCUCCUUCUUUUGGUCUCUUUGCUCCACUGGUUUUUGUCAAGUUGGUGCUAGUCUAUAGCUCCUCUGGGUAUUCCCCCUCGCUAGUUAUGGGCGAAUAGUCCCGCAACUGCUCGGCCCCUUUUUCGGAGGACUCAAGAAACGGGGACUCCUUGCCGGAAUAUGACAGAGACCUGAACUAUGCCUCAGUUGUAUGAUGCUUUUUUGUGUAAUUGUAGAUAGAAAAUCAUGCGUGCCAUUAGUCCAGCUCUCCUCUCUUCGUCGCUCUCACUUCUCCUGCUGUUUUCCUUUUAUCUUGGAAUCCUGCCGUCGAGUAGUGGAGAGGCCGCGCGGUCCUGUGCGAUACUUUGGCAGACUGACGAAGCAGCUCGAGCGUCUACCCUGGCGGCGGAGGCUGAGCAGUGUGUGCUUGAAUCUUUUUCGCGCUUUCCAGAUAAGGUUCGCAGUUACGCCCGCUUCUUUCGUUGUGGUGGGUGCAACGUGGAGUUUGAUUAUGGGAACUGCAUCGUUGCGCGGGACGAUCAAGUGACUGAGUUUGCCGGACUCAGUUCUCGCAGUCUGAACUGGCGGCAGGUUUCCUCGAGAGAUGAAGCCGAGAUCCGCGCGAAGCUGGACCUCCCGGCUGAGGCGGGAGAACAAAUGGGAGGAGAGCAUCCAAAGCAUCUGCCGAACGAGCGCCCAGGUGCAGCGACGUCAUCCGGCGGGUCGGUCACGACAAUCUCGCAAGACGACACACUGUCGAACUUGUUCGACUCGGCUGCUGCAGAGCUGCUCGAGUUAGAUGCCCCCAUCCUUGCGAGGGAUCAAGCUGAAGACAAGCGCACUGCGAAGUUUGCGCACGAUGUUGUGUCUCGUUUUCUUAUGGGGGCGUCAGGAUCGAAACCGACAAAGUUGAAAAAAAACCCGGCAACACUUGGCGGAGGCGUUCAGGGCACCCCCUCCGGGACCCCUUUCAACUCUGAGACGCUCAAGCAUACAGCGGCGACUAGCUUCGAAGGGGGCGAGUGUGUCGGCGUGGACAUGCGAAAUCCCGGCACCUUUCAAGUGGCCCCCAGGUUUUUUUUCAGCUUUGAGAAUGUCGGUCCUGGCGCUUCAAUAUUUCUGUACCAAGCAGCGGAGGAGGGUGGAGCCAUGCAAGCCUGCGCGUACUUGUGUUGCGGCGGCGACCAGUGGCUGUUUGACAGAGAGAAGAAGCCUCCGUCGCAUGUAUUGCAUCGACCAGCUCGUGCCGAGGAACGCGGGUUCUCGCUUAGUGGGCAGGAGCCCUGUCACGUCGACGCAGAAAGCCGUCACACGUGUCUGCAUCGCAACGUGUGCCUUGUUCCGGACAGGAACUAUUUUUUGCUGCCAGACGCGGUUUUCGCCUUCGGGACAGAGGCUGAGGCUGGGGACAGGGCCCCGAGGCGGGACGACGCGAAUCAUUUUGACGCUAUAGUCGACGAACCGUUGAUGGGUUGUCCAGGCUUCACUUACGGACAGCCCCCAGCACUGGAGCUCUGGCACAGCCUGUAUAGCUUCGACUUUCCCUACUGAGUUGCCAGCUUGGAAGUCGACACAUUGAAACCAUUUGCGAUGCAUUACAUACGGGGCAUAGCCGUGAAGUGCUUGGCUUGCAGACACGAGAGUCGAAGGCGAUUGUGAGUGUGUUGAGCGUCAGAGAUACAUGAAGCUGCGAAGAAUCACGGCCGGAGCUGUCGCCUUCGCUUCAAAAAGUGCAAAAAAAAUGCACUUAGCUGCUUCUACUUUCCAGGUUUGUCCUGUACUGCUCAGAAUUUGGGGCGGAUCCCCGCCCCUCUGGUAUCGAUUUUAUGCAUUGCGUUUUUGUUUGCAUUUUGUCGAUCAUCAGCCUGGCGCUUCUAUAUUACCUGCGGCUUCCAGUGGCCCGGAACCCUCCGCGACUUCGCUGAUGUUUACGGGAUGCGCAUUCGAGGCUCGCUCUUUCCACCCCGGUCAGAACUGGUGCGGUCGCAUGGAGGCGACGAAAAACGCCGCAAACAUGAGACGUUGGCGUCGCCUUCAAGCUCAACGCCAACGUCGACAGCUGAUCUUCAUGAAGCGGCAAACGUCAUCCAGGGAUUUUCUCUCAUCGUUGGCCUUCCGAAUACCGUGCCCCCGACCAUCUGGCAUUUUGUGCAGCAUUGUUUCGGGCUUGUUGGUGCGAAGGUGCUUUACCGUGUGCAGCGUUGGGAGUCUGUACUAGUUAGUGACCCGGGGGGAUGGCUUAACCAUCCGACGUCGCAGAUAAGCCGCUUCUUCCGCCGAGUGUUCGAACUGCUUGUGGGACAACGCCUCGGUAGUGCGAUCGAACUGCCAGGGGGGCUCAAAUAUUUGGGCAACGAUCAUUAUUCUGAGAAUGCAGUAGGAGUGCCUACUGCGGAAGAGGACGGAGAAAUGGCGAAGGAACACACGUCAAAUGAAGAAGCUCCAGUCGGCGCUCCGAGUCCCACACCAAGUGAGAAUUUUUCUCAUAGCAGUGGCAUCGCGAUUACUCCUCGUGAAGACCGCCAGCAGGAACUGGCGACUGCAGCUGACCGCGACGCCGAACUGACAAGCGUCUUCAAGAUAUCGGCAGCAAAAAUAACGGGUGGGGGUGGAGAUGAAGCUACGAGGGAUGCGGCUGCCCUUCGCUGUAUGGGGACGUCAGCUGAGUUGGAAAUCGACAACAUGGCGAACACGAUUUGUAAAUGCACAGCGCAUAAAAAUAAAUUUUGAUUUUCGCAACGCCGGGUUUGAAUAAUAUUUAUUAUAUAUUUCAUUCUGCGUAAGUAGGCAAGAGAGCAUGGCAUGGCUUCUGUCUGGCCACGCACUUAGCUAAGUAAGUAGACAGAUUGAUGAUCGCCUUCAGGCGCUUUUGGUGCAAUUACAAUUUUUAUGCGAUUUAGCAGUCCUCUAUGCAACGCAGUGUAGAUCAUGCACUUUAUAUUUUUUUUUCUGUUAUUUAAGCAAUUCCAAUUUGUCGAGUUUUCACGCCGACCUGAUGCAAUCAUACGCUGCCACGAAAAAGCCGUAUUUUCGGGUUGGACCGCGACUGGCGUGUCGGGUACGCGAGAAAUGACUUACUUCCGUGAGCUAUCAACUGCGAGUAUGUUUGGGAUAAGAUAAUUGUCAUGCAAGUCGAUAAGUUAUAUUUAAUUAUGUUUGAUCUUCUUGAACUUGAUCCGCUAGUCUGUCGUGUGUCGUCGAGGAAGAUGAUGAGCGCACAAUAAAAAUACACAGCCGAUCAAGUUGACAAUGUUUUGAAGUGCUAGUAUGAACAGUUAUCUUGCAGCUGGAGUCUGGUAACACAUGCCAGCAAGAACGAGGAAGCCAGGAGGAAGGUCAUUUUGAUGUUGAAACGCUCUUUCGUAUAUCAUGUGCGUCAUAGAAAGUAGUAUAUAAGCGUCUGUGGGCAUACGAAGUAAGCAUGACAUACAGUUCCACGCCGAGGCAUAAUUGCAAUGCAUAGGAGCACGUGCGCCGCCUAUACCCAAAUAUCCAGCAACGACGCUCGCACGUUCUCUACCUGUCUCGGAACCCCGGGAUGGUAGCGAAAGUGUUGGAGAAGAUGAAGGAAAGGAGUACACAGAGCAGGACAAGAGCAAUGAAUACUGUAGCAGCUGAGCGAAAACAGGAAGACAUUGGUUGGUGGACGGCAGGUCAACAAAACACAAUCACAAGUGGUGAAAUGGAGCAUAGCAAGAACCAGACUUCUACGAGGAGAAAAGAAAUAAACAACUUCCCAACCGAGAGCCGGUUACUGUCUAAUGUGGGGCGGAGCAUUUGGAACGAGCGUGAGGUGGUGGUCGCGCUGCAGCGGCGCAUUUGGCGCUUUCACCGCGAGUCUCGCUGGAUAGCCCGUGCUUCACCGGACCUGCAGAUUCACACCGGAGCAGAGCCGUUUGAAACGCAGCUGCAGCUUUUCGCCGGCGCUGCGCUGGUGGUUGGCACAUUCGCUAGCGGGCUUUCCAACUUGAUUUUUCUUCCGAAAAAUGCUCAUCUGCUCGUGCUGACGCCGAGGGGGAACAUGCACAGCCAACAGGACCUCGCGACGAAUGCCGGGUUUUUCUACCACAAGUUUUUUCUGCGGGAUUCCUUGACAAGGUGUAUGGAUGGAGGGAAUCCCGCGUUCGAUCGUUUUCCGGCCUCGGACCCGAUCAAGUUCCACCUAGGUGUACCCGCUUGGCGGGUUCAGUUCCCGCUGCAGAACGUGUCCGCAGGCCACCUGGCUUCCGUUAAAGGUCCUAGUGCGCACCUCCUCUGGCGAUGCUCCUUUGGCGUUGACCUGGAUCGUGUCCACUGGAAACAUGUCUGUGCCUCGAAGAGUGCGUCUGUGUGAGGUCCCUUGCUUGGGGAUAAGAGAUCGUCAGAACUUGAUGGUGCAUGUUGCGAAAGAGGGCCGCUUAUUUCUCUCGCGAAAAUGCCAACUCAACUUUCCGGGUGGAAUCCGAACCACACAGUUGCCGAGAUACUUGUAUGUAAUGAUGAGCUAGGCAUUGCUGAUGCUGUGGCGUCCUUCCGUUUUGCGCAUUACUUAGCAUCUCCAUCACAGGGACGACUUUCCCGACUCAGAUAUGUUUGCAACGCAUAGACCGUUUUUUGCCGGAAUUUGAGACAAUUUUUGGUGAGGCGUUUUCGUUCGUUCAGCGCAGGAAUUUGAAUGCCAACAGAGCACGAGAUGUUGAGAGGUUUCAUAUGAAUCAAGAUCAAGAUGCUUAUUUCUACCGAGAGAGGUCUUUAAGAGUCCUCGAGGUUGAUAGAAAUUUCUCGAGUGACCCUAGCCUUCACAGCCCUUCGGACGAAGAAGAAGAAGCAAGCAGCUUUUUUCUCUACGCAGGUUUCGUACGCGAAAGAAAGUCCCCGUUGAAUCAUGACUCAGGACACUUGAGAAAGGAAACACAGAAGCAGCUGGGCGCUCGGGUUCAGAGUCGCAAUGAGGCGGCGCGAGCCGUCCUGCCAAUUUUCACAUUCCUUCUUCUAAUUCCAUCGAUUCCCGCUUUUCGACUUUGCCUAUGA